UCAUUUAUGUUCAUGUAGCUGCAGUCAAAAUCUAUUUCUUUUUUUAGGAAACUGCAUUGAGUCAAAAUAUUGAAAAAUCAUGGACAGAUACAGAGGAACUCAUUUUGGAUUCAGAAUUCCUAUGAUAACACUUCCUAUUGGAUGUUUGUUUCAGCUUAUUUCUCUAGCAUCACCAUAUUGGGUUAAGAUUAAAGUUUCGAAUCUUCUUCAGACUGUUGAUUAUCAUUCAGGUCUAUGGAGAGUUUGUUUAACAAUAAACAAAGAAGAAUCGGAAUGUUCGUCAGAUAUAAGCGACAGCCCAGAUUGGUUUAGGGCCACACAAGCAUGUGCUGUCCUUGGACUUAUUUUUGCAGUAGUUGCUAUGAUAUCAUUAUACUUAAAGAACUGUUCAAGUUUUAGUAAUAAGGCAUUGGGCCUACUUGCUAUGGUGUCGGCUUUUGCUGCAGCUAUCGUGAUUGCAAUAGGAGUCGUUGUGUUUGCUGUUAAGCUGGCAGACCUACUGUUACCUACUGGGAAAACAAGUUUUGAAUUAGGCAGUGAUUAUUUGAAUUGGGGGUGGUAUAUUGGAAUAGCUGCUGUCUUGACGUUCAUAAAAGCGGCUAUAUUUCUAUCUAUUGGAGUAAUGAACACCAGGAAUGAUUAGAAUUUAAAUGAACUCAAUUAAACAAUAUUAGGCAAAAUUAAUGUUGGAAUGCAAUGUACACAGCAAAACAUUUACUUACAACAAAACUGAAGCUGAUUGUUCCAAUAAUUAUAUCGCUUGUGUAUUCUUCAGUUGCAAUUUUGGUAUUGACUUGUUUAUCAUUUUUGUAACACGCUAAUUACA